UCAAACUUCAGAUCACUUCUCAUUUCUUCAUUAUGUUUUAUUGACAGGUUUGAUCAAGAAAAUGAAUGAAAUUAGCACCCUUUGUGGGAUUGAGGCAUGUGCCAUAAUCUAUUCUCCAAAUGAUCCUCAGCCAGAGGUUUGGCCAUCUGAGCCAGAAGUACAAAGGGUGCUUUCCAAGUUCAUGGAAAUGUCUGAGCAGAAACAAUGCAGAAAGAUGUUGAAUCAGGAGAGCUUGUUGAAGCAAAUAAUCAUCAAAGGCCAACAGCAGUUGACAAGACAAAGGAAUGACAACAGGAAGAAAGAAAUGACUCAUCUCAUGUUUCAGUACUUGAAUGUUGGGAGGGUUUAUGACAAUCCUAGUUUGAUAGAUUUGAAUGAUCUCUCAUGGCUGAUUGAUCAGAACCUGAAUGAAAUAAAAAAGAAGAUGACUAUGAUCCAAAUCCAAGAAGGGGCCCCAGUGACUGAAAAUGGAGGAGAACGUGGACACAUGCAUCAUGCUCAAGGGCCAGAGAACAGGACAGACACCAUUCAGAACCAAUAUUGA